GUGCGCGCCGUGGCGCCGCCUCCACCCGCCCCCCGCUCGGUCCCGCUCGCUCGCCCGCCCAGGCCGGGCUGCCCUUUCGCUGCUCCGCGCUCCCUGCCCUCCGCCGCCGCCUCCUCCUCCAUUUUGCGAGCUCGUGUCUGUGACUGGAGCCCGAGUGGAGUCACCGCCCGCCCGUCGGGGACGGAUUCAGUGGGUGGAAGGAGACGCGGCUACCGGAGCGGCCGAAACGCCGGGACAGGGGACGCGCGCCCGGGAGCCCGGACCUGCGGACUGGGAAGGGAGAGGGGCGGAGGGCUGGCCUGUCAGUUGGGAAAUGGGAGACUUUCUUAAAUAGGGGCUCUCCCCUCCCCCCAUGGAGAAGGGGGCGGCUGUUUACUUCCUUUUUUUAGAAAAAAAUAUUUCCCUCCUGCUCCUCCUGCUUUCACACGCUAAGUUGUUUAUCUCGGCUGCGGUGGGAGCUGCGGACGGUGGCGGGUGAGCGGCGCCGCUGGCAGAGCUGAUACUAACAUAUGGACUCCAAAGAAUCAUUAACUCCUCCCAGUAGAGAAGAAGUCCCCAGCGGUGUGCUCAGUCAGGAGAGGGGAAAUGUGAUGGAUUUCUAUAAAACCCUAAGGGGAGGAGCCACUGCGAAGGUUUCUGCAUCUUCACCCUCACUGGCUAUUCCUUCUCAAUCAGACUCCAAGCAGCAGAGACUUUUGGUUGAUUUUCCGAAGGGCUCAGUAAGCAAUGUCCAGCAGCCGGAUCUGUCCAAAGCAGUUUCACUCUCAAUGGGACUGUAUAUGGGAGAGCCAGAAACAAAAGUGAUGGGAAAUGACCUGGGAUUUCCACAGCAGGGCCAAAUCAGCCUUUCCUCUGGGGAAACAGACUUUCGGCUCCUGGAAGAAAGCAUCGCAAACCUCAGUAGGUCGACCAGUGUUCCUGAGGAGCCCAAGAGUUCAGCAUCUGCUGCUGCUUCUGCCCCUACAGAGAAGGACUGUCAAAAAACUCUCUCUGAUAUAGCUUCAGAGCAGCAAAAUCUGAAGGGCCAGACUGGUACCAAUGGUGGCAAUGUGAAAUUGUAUGCCACAGACCAAAGCACCUUGGACAUUUUGCAGGAUUUGGAGUUUUCUUCUGGAUCCCCAGGUAAAGAGACGAACGAGAGUCCAUGGAGAUCAGACCUGUUAAUAGAUGAAAACUGUUUGCUUUCUCCUUUGGAAGGAGAUGAUGAUCCAUUCCUUUUGGAAGGAAACUCAAAUGAGGACUGUAAGCCUCUCAUUUUACCAGACACUAAGCCUAAAAUUAAGGAUAAUGGAGAUCUGAUCUUAUCAAGCCCUAACAGUGUACCACUGCCCCAAGUGAAAACAGAAAAAGAAGAUUUCAUUGAACUCUGCACCCCUGGUGUAAUUAAGCAGGAGAAAUUAGGCCCAGUUUACUGUCAGGCAAACUUUUCUGGGGCAAACAUAAUUGGUAAUAAAACGUCUGCCAUUUCUGUUCAUGGUGUGAGUACGUCUGGAGGACAGAUGUACCACUAUGACAUGAAUACAGCAUCCCUUUCUCAACAGCAGGAUCAGAAGCCUAUUUUUAAUGUCAUUCCACCAAUUCCUGUUGGUUCCGAAAAUUGGAAUAGGUGCCAAGGAUCUGGAGAUGACACCUUGACUCCCUUGGGGACUUUGAACUUCCCUGGUCGAUCAGCUUUUUCUAACGGCUAUUCAAGUCCUGGACUGAGACCAGAUGUAAGCUCUCCCCCAUCGAGCUCAUCCACAGCAGCAGGACCACCUCCCAAACUCUGCCUGGUGUGCUCUGACGAAGCUUCUGGGUGUCACUAUGGAGUCUUGACUUGCGGAAGCUGUAAAGUAUUCUUCAAAAGAGCAGUGGAAGGUAGACAGCACAAUUAUCUCUGUGCUGGAAGAAAUGAUUGCAUCAUUGAUAAAAUUCGAAGAAAAAACUGCCCAGCAUGCCGCUAUAGAAAAUGUCUUCAAGCUGGAAUGAACCUGGAAGCUCGAAAAACAAAGAAAAAAAUAAAGGGAAUUCAACAAGCUACAACUGGAGUCUCUCCAGAAACUUCUGAAAGUCCUGCUAACAAAACAGUAGUUCCUGCAACGUUACAGCUCACCCCGACCCUGGUGUCCCUGUUGGAGGUCAUUGAACCUGAGGUGUUAUAUGCAGGAUACGACAGCUCCGUUCCAGACUCAACUUGGAGGAUCAUGACCACACUGAACAUGUUAGGAGGGCGGCAAGUCAUCGCAGCAGUGAAGUGGGCAAAGGCAAUACCAGGUUUCAGGAACUUGCACCUGGACGACCAGAUGACCCUCCUGCAGUACUCCUGGAUGUUUCUCAUGGCAUUCGCCCUGGGGUGGAGGUCGUACCGACAGUCCAGCGCAAACAUGCUCUGCUUCGCUCCUGAUCUGAUUAUCAACGAGCAGAGAAUGACUCUACCCUGCAUGUAUGACCAAUGUAAACAUAUGCUAUUUGUCUCCUCUGAGUUACAAAGGCUUCAGGUAUCUUACGAAGAGUAUCUCUGUAUGAAAACCUUACUGCUCCUCUCUUCAGUUCCUAAGGAAGGUUUGAAGAGCCAAGAGCUUUUUGAUGAAAUUAGAAUGACCUACAUCAAAGAGCUAGGAAAAGCCAUUGUCAAGCGGGAAGGAAACUCCAGUCAGAACUGGCAGCGGUUUUAUCAACUAACAAAACUCUUAGACUCCAUGCAUGAAGUGGUUGAAAAUCUCCUUAACUAUUGCUUCCAAACAUUUUUGGAUAAGACCAUGAGUAUUGAAUUCCCAGAGAUGUUAGCUGAGAUCAUUACCAAUCAGAUACCAAAAUAUUCAAAUGGAAAUAUCAAGAAACUUCUGUUUCAUCAAAAGUGACUGCCUUAAUAAGAAAGGUUGCCUUAAAGAAAGUUAAAUUUAUAGCUUUUAUUGUACAAACUAUCAAUCUGUCCUGUAGAAGUUUUGUUGUUUUAUUUUUGUUGUCGUUGUUCGUUUUUGUCUGUUUUGUUUUAAAUACGCACUACAUGUGGUUUAUAGAGGGCCAAGACCUGGCAACAGAAGCAGUUGAGUCAUCACUUUUCAGUGAUGGGGAAGUGGACAGUGAAAUUCAUGAGCUGGUCUAUCCCCAGAAAAUAGACACAGUAACGUGGAGAUACUCUCCACCGUGGGAGAAGGAUGGCACCUAAACCACCAGUGCCCAAAGUCCGUGUAAUGAACUUUCUGCUUAUCCUUUUCACAGUUGGCUGGAUAAAAUUUUCUAGACUUUUUUGUUGGUGUAUUUCCCCCUGUAUAGUUAGGAUAGCAUUUUUUGAUUUAUGCAUGGAAACCUGAAAAAAGUUUACAAGUGUAUAUCAGAAAAGGGAAGUUGUGCCUUUUAUAGCUAUUACUGUCUGGUUUUAACAAUUUCCUUUAUAUUCAGUGAACUACGCUUGCUCAUUUUUUUCUUACAUAAUUUUUGUAUUCAAGUUAUUGUACAGCUGUUUAAGAUGGGCAGCUAGUUCAUAGCUUUCCUAAAUAAACUCUAAACAUUAAUCUUCUGUGUGAAAAUGGGUUGGUGCUUCUAACCUGAUGGCACUUAGCUAUCAGAAGACCACAAAAAUUGACUCAAAUCUCCAGUAUUCUUGUCAUAAAAAAGCUCAUACUUUGUAUAUAUCUGCUUCAGUGGAAAAUUAUAUAGGUUGUGCAAAUGAACCGUCCUAACUGGUAUAGAGCACCUAGUCCAGUGACCCGCUCCGGUAACCUGUGGAUGAUGGUUGCAAAAGACUAAUUUAAAAAUUCAUAAGAACUACCAAGAGGCCCUGUUUGUACCUAAUGCCCUAUUUCUGCAAUGGUUAGAUGGCAAGAAAGUUGGUCAACUAUAAUUGUCUUUCGGGACCUUUUGUAGUAGUUUGUAUAACUUCUUAAAAGUUGUGAUUCCAGAUAACAAGCUGUGACACAGCUGAGAGAUUUUUAAUCAGAGCAAGUAGUUACUCUCACUAAACUUUACCCCCAAACUAAAUCUCUAAUACGACAAAAGUGGCGAGACACCCAUUUUCACAUUCCCACCCGUCGCCAAUUGGUCAGCCUUUCUUGGUGGUCCAGGAAAGCUCAGCUACUGAUUUUUGUGAUUUAGAGCUGUGUGUCGGACAUCCCUGUUUAUAAAACCACACGUCCCUCCAUGUGCCAUAGAGUUUAACACAAGUCUUGUGACUUUCUUCACUGUUAAGAAUUAUCAUUUUAAGGAAAAUAGAAGCUGUAGUAGCCCUUUCUGUGUGCACCUUACCAACUUUCUGUAAACUCGAUAGAUUUACUAAGCCACAAGAAAUCUGAUUUCUAUUUGAGGUGGCCAAAUUAUUUGUGUAAUAGAAAACUGAAAAUCUAAUAUUAAAAAAUAUGAAACUUCUAAUAUAUUUUUAUAUUUAGUUAUAGUUUCAGAUAUAUAUCAUAUUGGUAUUCACUAAUCUGGGAAGGGAAGGGCUACUGCAGCUUUACAUGCAAUUUAUUAAAAUGAUUGUAAAAUAGCUUGUAUAGUGUAAAAUAAGAAUGAUUUUUAGAUGAGAUUGUUUUAUCGCGACAUGUUAUAUAUUUUUUGUAGGGGUCAAAGAAAUGUGGAUGGAUAACCUAUAUGAUUUAUAGUUUGUGCAAGCAUUCAUACAGGCAGCAACGGUUUCAGAAACCAAACAGAUUUUCUCUAGAGGAAGAGCGAGAUGAAAACGGGCCCUGUGUGCAGUGAAAGUUGCUGAGGCUCUGACCCAAUCAGAUCACAGAGGAUGUAAUCCUUUGCCUCCCAUCCUGACCACCUUCUCUUUCCAACAGUGAGUCUGUUGACACAGGUUUAGUUUUCUAAAGUGUGGAAAUGGGACAGAAAAAGUCGUCUUGCAUAUUUAUAGGCACCGUCUAACAGCGGGAUGAUUUUCACACAUGGCCUAUACAGACAAAUGAAAACAGAGGCUUUGGGAGUUUGGCAAUAACACACAGAGGUACCAGCAAUAUGUAAAUAGUGCAGAAGCUCAUAGGUUGCUGAUAAUACACUAAUUCCUUUCUACCCUAUGGUAAGAGUUCAUUUGCCCCCCAAAUGAGGACAUGUUUUAUGUUUUCUUUGAAUGCUUUUUGAAUGUUCUUUGUUAUUUUCAGUAUUUCGGAGAAAUUAUUUAAUAAAAUACAUAAUCAUUUGCUUUUUUGAAUGCUCUCUAAAAGGGAAUGUAACAUUUGGAGAUGGUUUGUAACCCAGCUGGACGUGAUAUUUAUAUGGUGCCUAAGAAAUACUGCUUGAAUAUUAUCAAUGACAGUGUUAAGUUUCCAAAAGGGCUUCUAAAAAGUAGAUUAUUGUGUAUUUAUAGAAUGUUAUAUGUAUACGAUUAAAACCAGAAAGCACAUCACACAGUCUUAUUUUAGUCCCAAAAACGUUGGUAUUCAAAAACCAGAGCUCAGUGGAAAAAGAUGUGUGCACUUCAUUGUCCAUAGGAAGUCAGCUAACCUUCAUCACACAACCGUAGGAGGCUUUUUGUUAAAUGGAAGAAGAAGCUGUGCCCUUUUAGAGUAUGUGGAGAAGAAGAAAGUUAUCGUAAUCAUGUUUGAGUGUAAUUAUGGAUUUAAGUGGAAAAGGAUACGGUGUUGUCUGAGAGCAUCUUUAUUUUCUGUGUAUGUGGUAUCUUGCCACACCCAACUGCUGAAGUUUAUAGCAACUUCAGUGACAGUUGGUGCAUGCCUAGGUGACUCAACAAAUCCUGAAAAGUAUUUUUAAUCAAUGGUGGGGAAAAGUGACCUUUUCAGUGCUUUUCAGUAUUCUUGUGGGAUACUAUACAAGCCAAAUUGAGGAGCUAACAACAUAAUACUUUGGGGGAUAUAUACCCAAGAACCUGAAAGAGUACCUGCCUUCUCUUGAAAAAAAACAAACAAAAAAAAAUUGCCAUUCCAAAUAGAAAACUAAUAUGAUUAGUGAAUAUGGAAUGCUUGAUAAUUAGCAUAAGAUGAGCUCUGGGCAUGCACUGUAAGGAAAGCCAGUCUCCCUUCCGAAUUUGGAGUGGAGAGAUAGGCAAUUCCAAUUUUACUUAAGUCUUACCAUUUUAGUUCCCUUUUUAAAUAUUCUGAAACUACAUCACCAUCGAAUGGACAUUAUCAGACUUGGAUGUUUCAAAACUCUAAGAACCACGGCGGCCUUAGGUGAGAUCUGAUGGUUGGUCACCCCAACAACUGUAGCUGUAGAUGAAUGUAUUUCUCUAUGUGCCUGGUUUCAGUAUUGGAAGAGAAGAUAAAAACAUAAGGAGGAUUCUUUAAACCAUUUUAAAUGGAAGUUUCAUCAUUUUCCAGACUAUUUGCAGUCAACCCGAUCCACCAACGAUUAGUGACCAGGUUUUCAGGAAAGGAUUAGCUUCUCUCUAGAAAAUGUCUGAAAGAAGGAUUUUAUUUUCUAAUGAAAGGCUGUAUGAAAAUACCCUCCUCAAAUAACUUGCUUAACUACAUAUAGAGUCAAGUGUGUCAAUAUUCUAUUUUGUAUAUUAAACAAAUGCUAUAUAAUGGGGACAAAUCUAUAUUAUACUGUGUAUGGCAUUAUUAAGAAGCUUUUUCAUUAUUUUUUAUCACAGUAAUUUUAAAAUGUGUAAAAAUUAAAACCAGUGACUCCUGUUUAAAAAUAAAAGUUGUAGUUUUUUAUUCAUGCUGAAUAAUAAUCUAUAGUAAAAAAAAAAAAAUGUCUUUUUACCUACGCAGUGAAAUGUCAGACUUGUGUGGAAAUGUUUAACUUUUAUUUUUCAUUUAAAUUUGCUGUUCUGGUAUUACCAAACCACACAUUUGUACUGAAUUGGCAGUAAAUGUUAGUUAGCCAUUUACAGCAAUGCCAAAUAUGGAGAAACAUCAUAAUAAAAAAACUCUGCUUUUUCAU